GUGCUUCAUCUAUAAGACAAAGCUCCCUCACUAGUCUUCCGCUAGACCCUUCGUCUUCCUUUCCUCCUGUACCUUCUUCUUUUUCUCUCGUGUCUCUGAGCGUGCGCGCGUUCCCCCGGUUUGGGUUCCAUCUCCCGCUCUUUCUUUUCUGCUGCUCCGGCGAAGCGCUGGAACCAAGAAAGGGCCAUGCCGAUGCGGGGGGCCGAGGAGCAGUAGCCGGAGGAGAUGGGGUGGGCUUCAAGGUGGUUCCGCGGGCUGCUUGGCGGCGGCAAGAAGGCCAGCGAGCCGAGGCCGGAGAGGGAGAAGAAGCGCUGGGGAUUCGGGAAGUCCUUCCGUGAGAAGGAGCCGGUGCGUCCGCCGACGCCUCCUGUGCAGCCGCCGGCGACGCCGCGGCGCACAUACGCGGCAUCGCAUGAUGGGGGAGACGAGCAGAACAAGCGCGCUAUCGCAGUGGCUGCGGCCACGGCGGCGGUCGCCGAGGCCGCGGUUGCCGCGGCGCAGGCGGCGGCCGCCGUGGUUCGGCUGACGAGCAGUGGGCGGUGCGCGCCGGCCGCCGCGAAGCAGGAGGAGUGGGCGGCUGUCCGGAUCCAGGCCGCUUUCCGUGGAUACCUGGCGAGGCGGGCACUGAAGGCGCUCCGCGGGCUGGUGAAGCUGCAGGCGCUGGUGCGCGGCAACAUCGUUCGGCGGCAGGCCGCCGAGACGCUCCGGUGCAUGCAGGCGCUCGUCAACGUCCAGGCGCGCGCCGUCCGAUCCCGACAUGCCGCGGCGCACCCGGUGCCGACGACGCCGGAGAAGUACGAGCAGGCGGCUUAUGAUGGCGCCGCGCCCAGACACGGGCGUCCUGGCUCUUCAAAGCGUAUGCAGGGCGGCUCGAUUAGGACGCCGGGCGGUGAGAGGCUGAGCAGGGAGAGGUCAGAAUCUUGCGGGAGGAACUGGCUGGACAGGUGGGUCGAGGAGCGGUACAUGGAUGACGAGAAGAACGCCAAGAUUCUCGAGGUGGACCCCGGCGGCAAGCCAGGCCGGCAUGCUUCCAAGCGGCGGGGCGGCAGUGGCAGCGGCAACCACCUCCAAUCAUCGUGCUCGACAAGGACGUCCGACCAGAACAGCCGGAGCUACGCGACCAUGCCGGACUCGCCGUCCAAGGACUCCACCACCGCGCAGCAGUCCGUGCCCAGCCCGCCGUCCGUCGGCAUGAGAGAGGCCCUGAGCCCGCUGCGCAUGCCCGUGGACAUGGCCGAGCUCUACGACAGCCCGCAGUUCUUCUCGGCGACGUCGCGGCCCGGGAGCUCGAAGCGUGGCGGCGCAUUCACGCCGACCAAGAGCGAGUGCGCGCGCAGCCUGUUCGGGGGAUACUCCGACUACCCCAACUACAUGGCCAACACGGAGUCGUUCCGUGCCAAGGCGCGGUCCCAGAGCGCGCCCAAGCAGAGGCCGCAGCAGUACGAGAAGUCCGGAUCUCUCCGGAAGGGGUUCGCGUUCGCGCCAGGGCCGGCGCAGCAGAGGGCGGCGUCCUUGCAUGCCAAGUUCACCAAUAAGGCUUACCCGGGCUCUGGCAGGCUGGACCGUCUUGGCAUGCCUGUCAAGUACUGAUCCUAUAAAAAGUCAGUGCCGAAACACAAGGUUUCUUUCUUAAGAAUCAGUCUGGCUUAAAACGAAGGGGUGAAGUAAAUUUAGCGGCAGUUUGGUAGGCUUGAGCUUUUGUGGUGUUGUUACCGUCACAGCUUUCUUUCCUGUUAUUGACUAGUUAAGUGUGUAAAUCUGCUCCUAGUUGUUUACUCGUAGCACCAGUAUCUGUGCGUGUUUUAGCUCCCUGACAACUCCCGUGAUAAGUACUCGUAAUGUUCCUUGUUGUCAUGCGUAAAUAGCACAUAGUUAUGCCUAAAUGCCAUCACAGCAACUGUUUUUA